AUUCAAAGCAAUUGUUCCUUGUCUGUGUCACAUAGAUAGUUUCAAGAAUAGCUGUUCUUUCCCAGUUCUUUUUUUCUCUUAAUUCAAGCCCAGCACCAUACUGUGGACGUCUAUAAAGUACUAAAUACUGUUAACCCACAGUGUAACUCUUAUUCUAAAGCAUAACUUUACUCAUGUAAGAUGAGACAAAAGCAACUGAAGUACUCCUCUAACCUAAAACCUUCAGCAUUGUCCUUAAGUAUCUCAAUUCCAGAGCCUUAACCUCAGAAUGACAGUUCUCUAAGUGCCUUAAUUAAUUCACUCAUUUUCCAAUUUAUAUGGGGGCUUAUUGGGUUGACUUCUGUUUUCAGCCCUAUUUCUUUGUGACUUAGUGAUGCAGAUUGUGGUCUUGCCCAUAUGUGUCUGUCUUUCUUAUUUAACGCUGAUAUUGUCUUUUUUCCCUUCUUUCCACCUGCCUGCUGCUUUCAUUCUGUAGUAUUGGUAUUUGCCAUUUCCUUUACCUUCGGCAUCUCUGCGUCUCAUGAGUUCUGAGCUUUUUACCCUGACUUAUGGAGCUCUGGUCACCCAGCUUUGCAAGGACUACGAAAAUGAUGAAGAUGUGAACAAACAGCUGGACAAAAUGGGCUACAAUAUUGGUGUCCGAUUGAUUGAAGAUUUCCUGGCUCGGUCAAAUGUUGGCAGAUGUCAUGACUUUCGGGAAACAGCAGAUGUUAUCGCCAAGGUAGCAUUUAAAAUGUACCUGGGCAUCACCCCGAGCAUCACCAACUGGAGCCCCGCUGGUGACGAAUUCUCCCUGAUCUUGGAAAACAACCCUCUGGUCGAUUUCGUGGAGCUUCCUGAUAACCACUCAUCCCUCAUUUAUUCCAAUCUCCUAUGCGGGGUGUUGAGAGGAGCCCUGGAAAUGGUCCAGAUGGCAGUGGAUGUGAAGUUUGUUCAGGACACACUGAAAGGAGACGGGGUAACAGAAAUCAGGAUGCGAUUCAUCAAGCGAAUUGAGGAUAAUCUCCCCGCGGGAGAAGAGUAAUCAUUCCAGGGGCAGUGGAGCUGACCAGCUGGGGCACCUGCUAAAUCUCAGCCCUCCCCAGGGUUGUAAAAUCAAAGUGCCCCCACCUUAGAGAACUCAGUGACUCUUUAAGAUGUUAUAUAUUCUUCUAAUCUUGUUUCCAUUUUCCAUGCUAAUAAAAAACAGACUUGUGUGAUAUAUUCCAUUUAUCUCACAAGUGUGUGCUACUGAUCUCA